AGGAUGUGGAAGACAUCAGAGAUGGAGCUCAAAAACAAUGCGUUGAAAUACCUGGUUGUGUGUUGUGUGUCUAUGCUGCUGGGCCUGACUAUGGCCAAAGGGAAGAAGAGGUGUGAGGACACACUGACCAUUCCUUCAGACUACUACAAGACUCCUUCAGAGGAAUCAGAGGGAAACGGGAACAUCAACACACGCUCCCUGUCCCCCUGGACCUGGAAACCCUUUACAGUGGAGAACCGUAUUCCUCCGACCAUUUGGGAAGCCAAGUGCAGCUCUAUGUACUGUGUCUACCCCACCAACAGCAGCCAGGCCGCGGGCUACCGGCAGAACUCUGUACCUAUCUACCAGCAGGUCCUGGUGCUCCAUAUCUCAGCCACUAGGAAGUGCUACAUCGUCUCCUUCCUGUCCGUGGCCGUGGGGUGCACCUGUGCCUGGGCAAGAACCUCUUGAUGUAGUCUGCAGAACAGUAUAUAUAUGGUCUUUCUUUGUUUGGCUAUUAAUUUAAUUCAAUCAAAAUGUUAUUUAAUGUAUUUUAAUUUAAAGCUUCCAAGGAAGUCCAAUAUUUGUUGAUCCCACAAAGCCAGAAGAAUUGACUGUGAAUAAUUGAGUAGAAUUCAAG